CACAAAGGUGUUGUUCAGCCGCCUUUGACAGGUAUGAUGUUGUUGACAACAAGGGGACCACGGCAACCGACAGCGGCUGACCUACUUGGUUCCGUGUGUAGUUUCUAGUGUUAAACGUGAGGAAAUGCUGCUUAGAUUGAAAAGGAACGUUUUCCUCGACAGCUACAGCGGACUGGAGAUGACUGAAGCCUGUGGAUGUAGCCUAGCAGUCUGCUAGCUGGCAGACCAGUGAGAAAGGUAGCCAUUGUUUGAGUUGUUGGCUAACAUGGCAACGAAAGCUAACGCUAACAGCGUCGGCUAGACGGGCUUCACUACGGUGUUAUUGUAGAAGAUACAGCUAUGGUCCUCCUGCAUGAUGUGUGACGGUCGUGAGGAUAGUGAGCAGUGCCUGUUCCUCUCUCCUUCCUCCUGGGCCGGCCCUCUCUUUUAACCGUAUCCCAGAAGUCUCUCUCCCAUCCUGCCAAGAUGACCGACAGGAAAGAGCCACCUUUCUUUAAUGACGACAGUGUGGGAGCAUUUCACUAUAAGCUCCCUUUCUAUGACACUAUGGAGCUCUUCAUAGAGACCCUGACAGGAACCUGUUUUGAGCUGCGUGUGUUGCCUUUUGAGGCUGUCAUUUCAGUCAAGGCAAAGAUCCAGAGGCUGGAAGGUAUCCCUGUUGCCCAGCAACACCUAAUCUGGAACAAUCUGGAGCUGGACGAUGAACAUUGUCUUCAUGACUACGGCAUUGCAGAGGGCUGCACUUUGAAGCUGGUCUUAGCUAUGAGGGGAGGACCAAUUAACACCAGGAGAGUUACAAUGGAGGAUCCUAUCAAAGAUGUUACUGAGCUAAUGGAGAACACAAAGGAGGAGGGGUGGGAGAAAAGCCUGUCCAACAAGCAAGUUACGUUUGUGGUCUAUCGGGAAAAUGACCAACUAAACUUCUUCCGAGUGGUCGACAGAGGAGAUGGCACCCUGACUCCUCUGUCUGAAUCUCUGAGUGGUGGCUCCUUGUACAAUGUGUGUGCCGAGGAGGAGGAGGAGGAGGAGGAGGAUGAGGAGGAUGUAGAGAGUUCCACAGCUGCACUGCAAAGCCUCGAGAACUCCAUCACCAUGAACAAAAUGAAGCUGCUCAAAGCCAAGAUGGAGGACAUGAACCUCAACAAAAAGCCGAAGAAGUCAGCAAAGGUUAAACCCCGGCCCCCCGUCAGCCCACAUCCCAGCGGGGUCUCAGUGGGUUCCUCCAGCACACGUCACCAUCAUCGCCUCUUUCGUUCGCUCCACCAGAUCAACCAGCCUUGGCAGUCAAAUGCACAACUACCUCCAAUCGCAGACCACGAAUCCACAGACCCCGCCCCGGCCUCGGCUGCUGCCCACUUCUCUAUCCCGAGACGCCCCCCUCCGCCAUACACAUCCCCUUCUUGUUAUAUGCUUCAGGAAGAGGAGGCAUGGGAGAUGUGCCCUCCCUUUGCAAAGAUCCGGCCCCCUCCCAAAGUGUCCCGAUUGGACAUUGGGAGCAGCAGGUUAAUGAGGGACUGUGUGUACCCUCAGCUCCCCCCGCUGUGUAUCAGGGGGCCGCCUGACUCCACCUUUGACUCCACCUUUGACCCCUUAGAGCCACCAGGGGACGCAGUCCGGCUGAGGUUGUUAGAGGAAGCUGCCGGGCUGGGGGUGGCAGGAGCUCCAUUUGGGGACCUGUUAGACCCUCUGAGUUUGGAUGUGUCCCCCCAGCCUGAGGGAGGUUGUCGGCCCCUUGAGGUUGACACUCGGCACCAGUUUCCGCUCUCCCCCUCCCCACUCAGUACCUGGACACUUGGUACAAGUGACACGUUCACCAGCAGAGGGGAUGGGAUGCAGCUGGGCACACCUCUCCAUAUCAACCCCCCCUCCCCAUUGCCCAUAUAUACGUCGACAUCCACUACCACCAGACCGCUGGCCCAAGCGUUCGAUUCCACCCUCUCCUGUUUACAGCCCAUCCUUCAAGCCUCAGCACAAGUAAAGCCAGGCCGCACUUCCCCUCACCCCCCCAUCGCCUCCUCACCUCACCCACCACGCCUCCACGCCGUUAAAGUAGAGUCACCUGGAAAGAGGCCAGAGCUUAUCUCCAAGAGGGAAGCAAGAGGCAUCACUAAGAUGGCCAACCAAGCCUGUAAGGAGCCGCUGGGGUCCCUGAACCCCUCUGAACUCUUAGCUUCUCUUUCCACCAGAGCCCCAGACAGCAGCAACAGCAGCAGGGACCUUGGAGAGAGUCUAGGGCUCGCGCUGGCAUUGCCCCCUGCCUCUGCCUCGGGGCCCGGCAGCCUCGACUCCAGGCUGCCCCCCAUACCAUCCAACAGGCUCCUGCAGGGUGAGCUGAUUAGACAAAUGUCACCGCUGCACCGAGCUGCAGCCUCCUACAUGGCCACCAGCAAUCUUGCAUCAGCUGGGGGAGGCAUGACUUCAUUUGGGAGAAUAGGCACUCCAACAUACCUCCUACCUCCUGUCAAGGCUCCCACGGGCAGCAAGAAGAAGAGCACAAAGCACUGCUUCCUCUGUGGCAAGAAGACUGGCCUGGCCACGAGCUACGAGUGCAGGUGUGGACACAACUUCUGUGCCACCCACCGCUAUGCUGAGCUGCAUGACUGCACGUAUGACUACAAGAGUGCCGGACGGAGAUAUCUGCAGGACACCAACCCUCUGAUCAGUGCCCCCAAGCUGCCUAAGAUCUAAAGCGAGCAACCCUGUGGAGCUACAGGUUAAACUGACUCAAUGGAAGAGAUUCUGCAAAUCAUUUCUAGCAUAAAAAAAGGAACUUAUUCACCACUGUGUGCUUUUUUUAAUCUGCCAAGUUUGCUUAGAAUUUAAAUAAAAUAUUCUGUAAAGCCAAUUGUGAACAAAACGAGAGUGGACUGAAAUGGCAAAGAACUAAUUAUCACUUCUUGACAAUGUGAAGAUGUUUAUCCUUUUUUAACUGUUACCUUGUUCUUUUAUCAUUGCCUAAAAACAAAACAACAAAAAAACUGUGCUUGUAUGUAGGAAGUAUCUGCUAAAUAUAUCUGGUGCACGUUCAGACAUAUCUACUUUUAAUUUUGUCAGCCUUUUAAAAAAAAAAAAAAAAAAAAAAAAAGACUAUAGGACCGCUGCUGACUUUUCAUUCGACAAGUCUUUGACAGAUGCACUUUAGAACUAUCAUAUUUAUCCGUUUGGCUUUCCUAAUUGUGUGGGAAAGGAUACUUACAUAGCUGUGUUUGUAUUAUGAAGUGUUUAUGUUGUCAGAUUUUUAUAUUCUCCACAUCUAAAUGUCUUUCUUACACAGGCACAUACAUCACUAAUGAAAGAGAACAGUACACCCACUUACUGAUGAAAUACUUAAUAUUUAUUAAUGAAUAGUACUUAUUUAAAUUCAAGGCUGGUUUUUAAAUAGCAAGUAUGCGAUGUGUGUACUGUAGGUGUGAAUGUCAGUUGUAAUCUGUAUUCCUAUCACGUAAACUGUAUUAAGAUGGGGGGGGGUUACUUGUGGUAUUUAUGAUGUGUAUACAAGUAAGGUGGUUGCCAUAACAAAUCUUUUGUAAGUCUUUUUUAUUGCUCAGCUGUUGCAAAAACUUUAAAUGCUGUUAGAGUAUCUACUGGGUUUUGAUCUAAUAAAGUUUCUUUCCAUACAGACAGUA